AUGUUUGCAUCCCUCGGGUUAUUCAAGGACAUCCCAUGUCCGCAGGGCCAGGAGUGCUCUCUGUUAGGCUGCAUAUUUUCUCAUCGCAACCUUACAUCAAUCUCCAGCGACUUCAGUACCGCCGACACUCAGACUCCGGAAAUGGAAGAGUCGUCUGAGCCGGCUCCGAAGAGAGUCAAACUUGAGGCAGCCCCUGAAAAGGAGGAUCCGCCGAAGAAGGCCUCAGCUCAUGAUCUCAGCGGCCGCAGUUCUGUUUUGAGGAGCACCCCCACCAAGAGACCUGAGGCUACAGGUACAAGAGCUGGAGACUCGCGGUCAGUCUCUCGGCAGGAACUCGCCAACCCGAAGACUACGCCUGUCAAGCGUGCGGCAUCCACUGCUGAAAGUUCAGGGUCCAGUUUACCUCCUAGACAAGCUCCCAAAGAAUCGCUAAACCCACGCAUGCUCCCGAAGGCGCCGGCAACAUACAAUGCGCGAACGGCUAUCCUGAAAAAGCUACACUCAACGCUUUGCUCUCUGAAUGAUAAGCUCGCUAAAGAUAAAACGAACAAAGAUAAAUCACUAAUCCUGACACCCGACGAGCUCAUCACGAUGGCCCUGGACGAGGAAGAAAAGGUGGCAAAAGAGAAUCCGACAAUAUACUCCAACAUCGUCAAGCUUCGGAUUGUAAAGUUAUCCAAAUUGAACCAAGAGGACUGGGCGAAAGAGCUCAAAGAUUAUCUCAACAAGAAAUAUUUCAGAUUCGAGGCCCCCCAAGCCCCCAAAGCGCCGCAGGCAUUCACGACUGGGCUAAGUGUUGAAGAAGAACUUGCAAUUGCAAGAAAACUGGUGACGCCGUUACAAGGAUUGGAGAAAUAUGGUUAUGUGACGAAAGCACCCACUGCAGAAGAAGUGGAAGCGGCAAGGAAAGGUGUUUUGGGUGCCGGAGGCUGGGAGAAGUGUGAUCGGUGCGGUGGCCGAUUCCAAGUCUUCCCUGGCCGUCGCGAGGAUGGUUCGCUGACCACCGGAGGGCCAUGUACUCACCACCCUGGAAAGCACUUUUAUCCCCCGAAGAAGAAAACCGAUCAUGUUACUGGGGCGAGAGAGGCAUACUUCACUUGCUGCAAUGAGACGCUGGGAACCUCUCCAGGAUGCACCAAGGGUGAGAAUCAUGUCUUCAAAGUCUCGGAGACGAAGAGACUGGCCUCCAUUCUUCAAUUUGAAGAGACACCGGAAAACCCAAACAAAGGCCGCACAUCUCCAGUUUGCUUUGACUGCGAGAUGGGAUACACGACUUUGGGCUUGGAGCUUAUUAGAAUGACCGCAGUCAGCUGGCCUGAAGGCGAGAAGAUCCUGGACGUACUGGUUCGACCGAUAGGGGAGGUCCUAGACCUAAACUCUCGCUUUUCCGGCGUCUUCCCAGAACAUUAUGCGACAGCUCUUCCGUACGGCACGCCGACAGCCAAGGAGAACUCUACGCAGUCGGACGAGGCAGGCACAGAGCCCCCGCACUUACAGGUCGUCGAAUCUCCUGCAGCAGCACGCGCACUGCUCUUCGAGCUUCUACAGCCAACAACACCUUUGAUAGGGCAUGCGAUAGACAAUGACCUCAACGCCUGCCGAAUAAUCCACCCAACGGUCAUCGACACGGCUAUUCUAUAUCCACAUCCAGCUGGCGGGUUCCCAUACCGCAUGAGCCUUAGGACUUUAUCCAAGAAGCAUCUCGACCGGGAUAUCCAGACAGGAGGCAAUCGCGGACACGAUUCGAAAGAGGAUGCAAUCGCUACCGGCGACUUGGUUAGAGCUAAGGCUGCAGAAUUAUGGAAGACGCUCAAGCCAAAAGGGUGGACAAUCGCAGACGGCACGCUGUUACCGCCUCCAGGCCAGGAAGACGCUGUUGCAUUCCCGCAGCUGAAGCUCGGACAGGGAGCGGGGCAGAAGAGGAGUAGCUCUACAAAAGGAACAAUAGUGCCAGGUCGCGGCUGA